AUGCUACCACACAUUUUUUUCGCGAUUAUUUCAUUUUUGACAUUAUGUCAAUCUGCUCAAGUUUCAAAUAUUUUCACAAGUUUUAAUAGUUUAGUAUGGCAAAAUGCAGCUAAUUAUCCAGUUCAAGCCCCUAAUAACCCUAGUUGGAUAGCCACUCUAGGAUGGAGUAUUAAAGGAGCAAAUGUUAAACCAGGUGACACUUUUACUUUACAUAUGCCUUGCGUAUUUAAAUUUACAACUAGUCAAAACUCAGUUAAUUUAGUAGCUGGUGGUACAACUUAUGCCACAUGUCAAUUUGCUCCUGGUGAUUUAGUUGUUACUUACUCUGAAUUACAAUGUACUGCUAGUAAUAGUGUUCAAGCUGGUAGAGAUGCAUAUGGUACAGUUUCAUUUCCUAUUACAUUUAACAUUGGUGGUUCAGCAAAUAGUGUUGAUUUACAAGAUUCAACUUGUUAUACAGCUGGUACAAAUACCGUUACUUUUACUGAUGGAAAUACUAAGUUAUCAACUACUGCCACUUUUCAAGGAGGUUCAAGUGCUAAUAUUCAGCAAGGAAAAAGCACUGAUGAUAUUGUUUUUGGUAACCGUGUUAUUCCAACAUUAAAUAAACAACAAAACUAUUUAUUGGCCGGUAAUUGUCCGAAUGGUUAUUCAAGUGGUACUUUGGGUAUAUCUGUGAAUAACGCUCAACUUGAUUGUUCAUCAAUUCAUGCGGCUAUUACAAAUCAGUUGAAUGCUUGGUUCCGUCCUGAAACUGCAUCAAGUUUUUCAUAUACUCAAAGUUGUAGUGGAUCAUCAUAUCAAAUUAGUUAUAAUAACAUUCCAGCUGGUUAUAGACCAUAUCUUGAUGUUUUAAUGAGUGUUUCAGUUGGUAGUUCUCCUUCCACUUCAUAUACAAAUAAUUAUUAUUGUUCUGGUGAUUUUGUUCAAAGACGUAAUUCUUAUAGUGUUACUUGGGGCUCUUAUUCAAAUAAUGAUGCUGGUUCAAAUGGUCAAGAAGUUUUCCUUACUACUUCAACUUGGUUAGAAACUACAACUAAAGUUACAACAUUACCUUUUGAUUCAAAUACCCAAAGUACAAAAACUGUUGAAGUUAUUGUUCCGUUAACUUCACAAUAUACAACUACAUGGACAACAACAAAUUCUGCAGGUUCAACUUUAACUGACUCAGGUGUCGUUACACAAAUUGGUAGUUCUUUAAAUACAAUUUCUACUUUCCCACCUCCAUUUACCACUGAAUAUACUACAACUUGGACUACUACAAAAUCAGAUGGCUCAAAAGAGACAGAUUCAGGUAUUGUUAGUCAAUCAGCAAGUUCUUUAACAACAAUUACAACUUUUCCACCUCCAAUCCAAACCGAGUUCACUUCAACAUGGACUACAACCAAAUCAGAUGGUUCAAAAGAGACCGAUUCAGGUAUUGUUUCACAAUCAGGUAGUUCAUUAACAACCAUAACUACUUUCCCACCACCAUUCACAACUGAAUAUACUACAACUUGGACAACUACAAAAUCAGAUGGAAGUACAGAAACCGAUUCAGGUAUUGUUUCACAAUCAGGUAGUUCAUUAACUACCAUCACUACUUUCCCACCACCAUUUACUACUGAAUAUACUACUACUUGGACAACUACAAAAUCCGAUGGUUCAAAAGAGACCGAUUCAGGUAUAGUAAGUCAAUCAGGUAGUUCAUUAACAACCAUCACUACUUUCCCACCACCAUUCACAACUGAAUAUACUACUACUUGGACAACUACAAAAUCCGAUGGUUCAAAAGAGACCGAUUCAGGUAUAGUAAGUCAAUCAGGUAGUUCAUUAACAACCAUCACUACUUUCCCACCACCAUUCACAACUGAAUAUACUACUACUUGGACAACUACAAAAUCCGAUGGUUCAAAAGAAACCGAUUCAGGUAUUGUUUCACAAUCAGGUAGUUCAUUAACAACCAUCACUACUUUCCCACCACCAUUCACAACUGAAUAUACUACAACUUGGACAACUACAAAAUCAGAUGGAAGUACAGAAACCGAUUCAGGUAUUGUUUCACAAUCAGGUAGUUCAAUAACUACCAUCAGUACUUUCCCACCACCAUUCACGACUGAAUAUACUACUACUUGGACAACUACAAAAUCAGAUGGUUCAAAAGAAACCGAUUCAGGUAUUGUUUCACAAUCAGGUAGUUCAUUAACUACCAUCACUACUUUCCCACCACCAUUUACUACUGAAUAUACAACUACUUGGACAACUACAAAAUCCGAUGGUUCAAAAGAAACCGAUUCAGGUAUUGUUUCACAAUCAGGUAGUUCGUUAACAACCAUCACUACUUUCCCACCACCAUUUACUACUGAAUAUACAACUACUUGGACAACUACAAAAUCCGAUGGUUCAAAAGAGACCGAUUCAGGUAUAGUAAGUCAAUCAGGUAGUUCAUUAACUACCGUCACUACUUUCCCACCACCAUUCACAACUGAAUAUACUACUACUUGGACAACUACAAAAUCAGAUGGAAGUACAGAAACCGAUUCAGGUAUAGUAAGUCAAUCAGGUAGUUCAUUAACAACCAUCACUACUUUCCCACAUCAUUCAUCAUCAUCUGAAGUUUCAUCAUUAAUUAGCUCAUCAUCUGAAGUUUCAUCAUUAAUUAGCCCAUCAUCUGAAGUUUCAUCAUUAAUUAGCUCAUCAUCAACACCAUUUACUACUGAAUUCACUACUACUUGGACUACAACCAACUCAGAUGGCUCAGUUGAAACCGAAUCCGGAAUAGUUUCAGAAUCAAACUCAUACUUUACUACCAUUACCACUUUCCCACAUCAAUCAUCAUCAUUUGAAGCUUCAUCAUUGACUAGUUCAUCAUCAGCACCAUUUACUACUGAAUUCACCACUACUUGGACAACUACAAAAUCUGAUGGAAGUAAAGAAACCGAUUCUGGAGUAGUAAGUCAAUCAGGAAGCUCAUCAACUACCGUAACAACCUUUCCACCAGUUACGUCGGGUCCUAUUGUUUGUAAAAGAGGGGAUUUUGAUUGUCAAAGUGAAAGUGGUUCCAGUAAACCAAUUGUACCUUCUUUAACAGGUCCUUAUCAAAAUUCCACUAUGUUUUCAUCUAGUGCUUUAUCAUCAGCACCAUUCACUACUGAGUUCACAACUACUUGGACUACAACCAACUCAGAUGGCUCAGUUGAAACCGAAUCUGGAAUAGUUUCAGAAUCGAAUUCAUACUUCACCACCAUCACCACUUUCCCACAUCGAUCAUCAUCAUCUGAAGUUUCAUCAUUAAUUAGCUCAUCAUCUGAAGUUCCAUCAUUAAUUAGCUCAUCAUCUGAGGUUUCAUCAUUAAUUAGCUCAUCAUCUGAAGUUUCAUCAUUAAUUAGCUCAUCAUCUGAAGUUUCAUCAUUAAUUAGCUCAUUAUCUGAGGUUUCAUCAUUGAUUAGCUCAUCAUCUGAAGUUUCAUCAUUGAUUAGCUCAUCAUCUGAAGUUUCAUCAUUAAUUAGCUCAUCAUCUAAAGUUUCAUCAUUAAUUAGCUCAUCAUUUGAAGUUUCACCAUUAAUUAGCUCAUCAUCUGAGGUUUCAUCUUUGAUUAGCUCAUCAUCUGAAGUUUCAUCAUUAAUUAGCUCAUCAUCAACACCGUUUACUACUGAAUUCACAACUACUUGGACUACAACCAACUCAGAUGGCUCAGUUGAAACAGAAUCUGGAAUAGUUUCAGAAUCAAACUCAUACUUCACCACCAUCACCACUUUCCCACAUCAAUCAUCAUCAUCUAAAGUUUCAUCAUUAAUUAGCUCAUCAUCUGAAGUUUCAUCAUUAAUUAGCUCAUCAUCAGCACCAUUUACUACUGAAUUCACUACUACUUGGACUACAACCAACUCAGAUGGCUCAUUUGAAACCGAAUCCGGAAUAGUUUCAGAAUCAAACUCAUACUUUACCACCAUCACCACUUUCCCACAUCGAUCAUCAUCAUCUGAAGUUUCAUCAUUAAUUAGCUCAUCAUCUGAAGUUUCAUCAUUAAUUAGCCCAUCAUCUGAAGUUUCAUCAUUAAUUAGCUCAUCAUCAGCACCAUUUACUACUGAAUUCACUACUACUUGGACUACAACCAACUCAGAUGGCUCAUUUGAAACCGAAUCCGGAAUAGUUUCAGAAUCAAACUCAUACUUUACCACCAUCACCACUUUCCCACAUCAAUCAUCAUCAUCUAAAGUUUCAUCAUUAAUUAGCUCAUCAUCUGAAGUUUCAUCAUUAAUUAGCUCAUCAUCUGAAGUUUCAUCAUUAAUUGGCUCAUCAUCAGCACCAUUUACUACUGAAUUCACAACUACUUGGACUACAACCAACUCAGAUGGCUUAGUUGAAACCGAAUCUGGAAUAGUUUCAGAAUCAAACUCAUACUUCACCACCAUCACCACUUUCCCACAUCAAUCAUCAUCAUCUAAAGUUUCAUCAUUGACUAGUUCAUCAUCUGAAGUUUCAUCAUUAAUUAGCUCAUCAUCUGAAGUUUCAUCAUUAAUUGGCUCAUCAUCAGCACCAUUUACUACUGAAUUCACAACUACUUGGACUACAACCAACUCAGAUGGCUUAGUUGAAACCGAAUCUGGAAUAGUUUCAGAAUCAAACUCAUACUUUACCACCAUCACCACUUUCCCACAUCAAUCAUCGAUUGGCUUACCAACUUCAAGUGUAGCAAGUCAGUCAAAACCUCAAUUAGGAUCUAACGGCCUCACUUCAACUCCAGUUUAUGCAACAAUAACGAAUGGAGCAAACAGCAGUGUUUAUAAUACUAUAACGCCUACUGGUGUCAGCAACGGAUCAAAUGAUAGCUAUUCUACAACAACGUCUCAAUCAACAUCUCAAUCAAGUGGUCAAGGAUCUGAUAAUGGUCAAGGUUCAAACAAUGGUCAAGGAUCUAAUAAUGGUCAAGGUUCAAACAAUGGUCAAGGAUCUAAUAAUGGCCAAGGUUCAAACAAUGGUCAAGGAUCCAAUAAUGGUCAAGGAUCUAAUAAUGGUCAAGGAUCUAAUAAUGGUCAAGGAUCUAAUAAUGGCCAAGGUUCAAACAAUGGUCAAGGAUCUAAUAAUGGUCAAGGAUCUAAUAACGGUCAAGGUUCAAACAAUGGUCAAGGCUCUAAUAAUGGUCAAGGAUCCAAUAAUGGUCAAGGAUCUAAUAAUGGUCAAGGAUCUAAUAAUGGCCAAGGUUCAAACAAUGGUCAAGGAUCUAACAAUGGUCAAGGAUCUAAUUACGGUCAAGGUUCAAACAAUGGUCAAGGCUCUAAUAAUGGUCAAGGAUCCAAUAAUGGUCAAGGAUCUAAUAAUGGUCAAGGAUCCAAUAACGGCCAAGGCUCUAAUAAUGGUCAAGGAUCUAAUAAUGGUCAAGGAUCUAAUAAUGGUCAAGGAUCCAAUAACGGCCAAGGCUCUAAUAAUGGUCAAGGAUCUAAUAAUGGUCAAGGAUCUAAUAAUGGUCAAGGAUCUAAUAAUGGUCAAGGAUCCAAUAACGGCCAAGGCUCUAAUAAUGGUCAAGGAUCUAACAAUGGUCAAGGAUCUAAUAAUGGUCAAGGUUCAAACAAUGGUCAAGGAUCUAAUAAUGGUCAAGGAUCUAAUAAUGGUCAAGGAUCCAAUAACGGCCAAGGCUCUAAUAAUGGUCAAGGAUCUAACACUGGUCAAGGAUCUAAUAAUGGUCAAGGAUCUAAUAAUGGUCAAGGAUCUAACAAUGGUCAAGGCUCAACCAAUUCAGUUCUUACAUCAGUAGCAGCUCAAGCAUCCACUACAACUUUAGCUCACGCAACUUCAACUAUCUCACUGAUUUCAAAUACAUUAUCUCCAGGACAAGGUUCUCCAAGUGUCACAACAUAUGAAGGUUCAGGAUCAAUUUCAAGAAUCUCACCAUUCAUUGUCGGAAUAUUCACCAUUUUAUCAAUUUUCUUUUAA